AAGGACAAGAAAAGUAUCACUCGCCAAAGUCUUGCCCUUCGCGCGCACGCCAACAAAGAUGACUUCUUCCGUUCAGAUGAACAAGGACCUAGGAACUCCUGGAGGUGGUCCUUCUGAGCCAAAAAAGGGGAGCAGAAAGCCGAGCAAGCCGCAAUACAUUCACGUUGCACCGGGAUCUUUUGAUUUGUACUUAGGAGAGGCCGUACCUACGACAUCACAUCAUCAAUGAUUUCAUACAUAAUUAACGACAUCACAUCAUCAUCAACAAGUACUUCUACCUACUUAGACAAUAACUUCUACCCGUUUCUGCUCUCCUCCUCUAACCCCUUCUCGACCCGCACCAUUGCAAGCACAUGAUGUGGCGGCUAAAGGUGAGGUUCAUGACGCUAUUUACGACCUGCUUUUCGAAAAGGGGGUCAACGACACUGGCUCAGGCCUUGUCACCGCAUUACAAGAAGCACAGGCGAUUAGCAAGGCGAAUAGUUCGAAAGUUUAAGGACACACAGGAGGGUUUGGGUUACAACUUACACUACUUGUAUUUCUUUUACUUUCAUCGUCUCUUAAUAAUUUCGUGACCCCUCGUCUACCUAGAUCCUUAGUUUUAUCCGCGGCACCUCUCUACGUUCGAAGCGCACUCAUUUCCCGGCAUUUCGAAGUUGUAUUACUCUUCCAACUUCUCCAACAACAGAGAGCUUCUAAUCCCGUUCCAGACCUGGUGUUAGUUUUUAGUUGAGUGCUCCUAAUUCCCUUCCCGAGGCAGACGACGUGGUGCGAACCCGGCAGAAGCAAGUGCUGAUCGAGUGAGCGAAAUACAAGGAGGUGGCACCCUCGACUUUGUCGACGAUUCACGUGCCACUGCGCCGGAUGCGAGGUCUAACGCCACCGAAGACGAGGCAGAUCCUAAAAGUAAGGCUUCCAUACUAUAAUUAUCUAUAUUAUAAACCAAAACUUAUUCUCAAUGCUAAACAGGAGGGAGCUUACGGCUUUAGAUGUACGCAAAUCAUGGCAAAGAUGUACGGGUGAGAUGUAUACGUCUGAGAUAUAUAUCUCGAGAUAUAUAUCUUGUACGUAAAUCACGGGAAAGAUGUACGCUUGAGAUGUACUUACACCGGGGCGAUUCAUAGUAGGUUUCCAAAAUUCUACUUUUUUGAGAUGUACGGAAAUCAUGGGAAAGAUGUACGGGCUAGAUGUAUACAUCUCGCGCCGUAAAAAUGCCGCGUUUUUGAGUACAACUUUCCCGCGAUUCUGCUCCUGCUAAGGCUUUCGGCAGUACCUCAAAACCCUGAACCAACAGCACAGGCCAAGGACUGCGCUGCAUGGACAAAAAACGAAGAGCAAAGCGCCCCAGCCUGAGGCUAGUCAUCUCAUGAAGAAAAUCCGCCGCGUCUGCGUAUGUGCUACAAUAAGGGCACACAUGCAAGCAAAGAAAUGCAAUCAGAGGCAAGUAUCCAGCAGCUAUACGCUGAGCAAGUUGGCAUCUGCUUGCUUUUUGGAUAAGGCGCCUGAGCUGGCUCAAAGGGUCAGACCUUUCAAGCAGGUCAAAAGUAGACAGCGACGUCAUAAAGCUGCGCGCUUUGGGUGCGGGAUUUGGAGCUGGCUCAAAGGAUGGGGCCGCUCAAGCAGGUCAAAAGUAGACAGCAACUUCAUAAAGCUGCGCCUUUUGGAUAAGGAGGCUGAGCUGGCUCAAACUCAAAGGCUGCGACCUUUCAAGCACCUCAAAAGUGGACAGCAAUCCCAUAAAGCUGCGCUUUUAAGAUAAGGAGCCUGAGCGGGCUCAAAGGGUGGGACCUUUCAAGCAGAUCAAAAGUAGACAGCAACUUCAUAAAGUUGCGCUUUUUGGAUAAGGGGCCUGAGCUGGCUCAAAGGGUGAGACCUUUCAAGCAGGUCAAAAGUAGACAGCAUUCUCAUAGAGUUGCGCUUUUUGGAUAAGGAGUCUGAGCGGCGUCAAAAGGUGAGACCUUUCAAGCCGCUCAAAAGCAGACAGCAACGGCAUAGCCGUGCUGCGCUUUUUGGUUAACAGGUCUGAGCUAAGUCAAAGGGUGACACCUUUCAAGCAGCUCGAAACAAAGUAGGCAGCAACUUCAUAGACUUGCGCUCUUUGGAUAAGGGGUCUGAGCUGGGUCAAAGGGUGGGACCUUUCAAGCAGGUCAAAAACAGACAGGAAACGCAGAAAGCCGCGCGCUUUGCAUAAGAGGCCAGAGCAGAGUGAAAAGGUGGGACCCUUCAAGCAGGUCAAAAGUAGACGACAGCAGUCGCAUAAAGUUGCGCGCCUCGGAUAGGAUGCUUGACCUGAGCUGGGUCAAAAGGUGGGACCUUUCAAGCAGGUCAAAAGUGGGCAGCAAUUUCCUACAGUUGCGCUCUUUGAGUAAGAGGCCUCGCCUGGCUUGACUGAGUGAAAGCGUGGGACCUUACGAGCAGGCCAAAAGUAGGCAGCAGCUGCAUGAAGUAAGUUGCGCUCUUUGGGCAGGGAGCUUGAGCAUGCAAAGUCAAAAGGUAGGCGCGACCUCUCAAACAAGCCAAGCCAAAAGCAGACAGCAGCCCCAUAGAGUUGCGCUUUUUGGAUAGGAUGCCUGAGCUUGGUCAAAAGGUGUGACCUUUCAAGCAGGUCAAAAGUGGGCAGCAAUUCCAUAAAGCUGCACGCUUUGAAUAAGCAAGCUGGCCAGAUCUGGGCCAAGGAGUGAGGCCUUUCAAGUAGGUCAAAACUGGGCAGCAAUUUCAUAGAGCUGCGCCCUUUGAUGUGGGAGAUCUCUGAGCUGACUGAAAGGCUGGGGCCUUUCAAGCAGGUCAAAAGUAGAGAGCAAUAGCAUACCGCUGCGCUUUUUGGGUGAGAGGUUUGAGCAGAGUCAAAAGCUGGGACCUUUCAAGCAGGUCGCUGGCUCAAAAGUAGGCAGCAACUUCAUAAAGCUGCGCCCUUUGGAUAGGGUGCCUGCGCUGGGUCAGAGGGUGAGACCUUUCCAGCAAGUCAAAAGGGCCAGCAGCUUCACAACGUUGCGCCGUUUGGGUGAGGGUCUUGAACUGCGCCAAAGGGUGGGACCUCUUAAGCAGCUCACAAGUACGCAGCAACUUCAUCGCGCUGCGCUUGUUGGAUAAGAAAAGAAUGGGCGCAAAGGAUAAAGCCUCUCGAGUAAGCCAUAAGCAACGAACGAGCAAGCCCAUCGGCUUGGGCUUGCUUCUUGAUUAGAAAGCUCAAGCGGCUCACAGGUUGCAUCGCUCAAGCACGUGAAAGCCGCGCAGCACUCGCGUGGGGUUGUUCUUGUUCACUUAGAUCAAAGCCCUGAGAUGACGCAUGCCCACACCUCUCGAGAAAGCCAGAAGCAGAUAAGGAAGCUAAGCGAUAGAGCGCGACUCGCCGUAGGUUUGAGAGAGUAAAAGGCUCACAGACAGCACACGCGAAGCAGCUGAAAAGUAGGCAGCAGCGCGACACCAUAAAGCUGCGCGAUUUGGAUGGAAAACCCAAAACGGCGCAAAGAGUAAAACCCCGCAAACGGGCUGAGAGUAGAACGGGGCCGCCCCCUAGUUCUCUCCACGGAAUAGAUCCACUGUGGACGUUCUCACGGUGAGCGGAGUCGGGCGCAGUGCUUCGCCCACUAUGCUGAGAACCGAAAGCAACAAGCCCGAGGCGCCCCCGCGACACUGCCACGCCAGCCGGAGGCGCAACACGCUGCAAGAGUAUGGGACCCACGCCCAAAACCCGGGCCAGGGAGCGCGUGAAGCUCUCACGGUGAGCGGAGUCAACCGGAGUGCUUCGCCCAGCCACUACGCUGAGAACCGAAAACAGCAGGCCUGGAGUGAUCUGCCUAAGGAUUUGCCUCUCGGUCGGCAAAUGUAUUUGGUUACCCGUUUACUUCAUUCGUUCGAAGUAGUUCCCUCUUGGGCGUUUCGGGUGCUGCCGGGGUGAGUGCUACGCAAACCGUUUACGUAGCACGUAGUAGCUUGUGGCACGUAGCUGCUUUGCUUAUUCCAUAGCCCGCCACUCUAUACGUAAGUCGUAGCACGCCGAUAGGCCGUAUGGAUUUUCUGUAACUCGUAGCAUUUGCAAGACCCUUCCGCCCUGCCCCGGCGUGUGUACACGCCGGGGGCACGUGGGCGGUAUUAAAUUCAUCUUAUAAGAAGCAUAUUUGAGACGCUAGCACGGACCCCGUUUGCUCGUUAGCACUAACGGGGUACGAUGAGGCAAGGUCAAAGCUGCGCUUCAAGAUGAAUAUACGGAAGUCUAAUUUAAUGCUGUCAUCCUUGGCUGAAUUGCUGGGGGAUGAUCCAGAUCCUCUUGGUGGCCUUUUUGCACGAAUUCCCAGACAAGUGCGAGAUACUACUGACUCGUCGCCUCUUAUGCAUGGGAUUUAGAGAGUUUGAGACUGGCUUUUCUCUUCACGACUCAUUUCGUCAUUUCGUAGGUUCAUUCGAACUUGGUGCCACCUGUUGGGCUAGUAUGUCACAUGGACAUAUCUAGCAAAAUAAUACUCCUCGUCCCUUCAAAAGUGUCAACGCCUUCGUGUGCGUCUCAGCUGACUCGUCGCCUCUUAUGCAUGGGAUUUACGAAAACUGAGAAUACGCGGGAGUUACUGACUGAAAUACGGCGGGAGGUAGCUUUUAUAGGCUACUCUUUGUUCUUCAGUAUCUCGGUUCUAAUCCCGGCGAUCCCAACGCUUUGCUCGAAGGAAUGGUUAUUCAGGAUUCACAGACGGGUGAAAGUUUGGACCUUUUGAAAGCUGCUUUGUUGUCACAGAGCGAAGAGCUCUGUCGAGAACCAUCCGAUAUCAUCCGUGAAGUCGAAGAGCGACGCUACCCAACCACAACUCCACGGUCGACUGGGGCGAAUAAGAUUAUGGAAAUUUGGGGAUCGAUUUAGUAGAUAGUGGAGAAUUUUAAGUUCUUGGUACGAGCAGAGGAAACGUCAUUGAAGAUUCUGAGAUUUUUGAGAUAUAAUAGGUAUUUUUGGUAUCAUGAUUUGCAGUUUCAAUAAUGAGUUGCCUGCAGGACUGACUGAUUAGAGCCACUUCUAAAGUACGCACCGCACGUUCACGAGGUCGAUCAGCAGCCGCCUCCACUGUCUCCAGAUCCGCCCGCUCAAGAGGCGGCUUGAGCACCGCUUCAGGCAUCAGUAUGGCGUCAAGUGGCACAGGUGGAAGCAGCAGUAGAGUUCUAUCAAGCGGCCUCGGAAAUGGCUUGAAAGGACAGUCUGUGCGGCAAACCAACUUCCCGGCUGAAGCAAUGCAACAGAUCACACGACGACCACUGUCUUUUGGCGAAUUAGAAUUAAGGGUUACCACACUCGCGCUAUGUAUUUCUUCACUACGAUUCUGGGCUUGUUCUCCAAUAAGAAAGAAAUCCGGAGGUUUUGAAGAAUGGAGUGCUAGACUACAACCUCUAAUAGAGUGCAGAAAAGAACACUUCCAACAGCUAGAGGCUGAAUACGACCUGCUAAGAGAACCUAUGGCAAAGCUACAGUUUUUGCUACUGCAGAGAGGAAAAGCGUUGCACACGAUAGAAGCGAAAUUACAGGAAUACAUAAAGAGCAUCGAAACAGAAGGUGACGGCUACAAGAAAAUUUUGAAACAGCUGGUGCAGUUAGCCGAGUCGCAAACCGGAGCUCGCAAAAUACUGGCGCAGCAACAGGCUCUUAGGGAUGAAGCGGAGGUACAGAUCUUGAUUUCUCUGCUGGAAUUUCUAUCUCUUGGAUUAUACCCUGCAAGUUGUACAUUUUAUCUUCCUUACACAAGAUUAGGGACCUCGACGGACAACUCUUUACACCACAUUCCUAUCCGUCUCAGUCUCGUCUCCUCACAAAAUUGAUUCCAAGUACCUAUCUUACACCAGUACUAUGACCUCCUACUCCUCAUUCAGCAGGCCCUCGUCGACGCCGACCGGCCUGAGGGGCUUUACAGUGCGAUACAGGAGAUUCACGGAACCAAGGACUUCGUUCUCGGCGCGAUCAUGGCUUCGAUUGAACGGGAGGCCGCUCACAGAACGACAAGGUCGCUUCUGACAAGUGAAAUUUUAUGCUCUCAGAGUGCGCGCUGUUUCAGAAGAAAGAAACUGAUUCUGAUUACUUAUGGAGAUUCACUUCUACACCGGGUAAGGAGCUAUGUGGUCUUCUGCAAAAGGUGACACAUCAGAUACCAUCGCUACUUCUAAUCGCCCAGCACCUAGCACAGAGCGGCCAAGCUACUGCGAAAGAGUCGCAUCGCGAAAAUAUUACGAAAAUGAAGGCUGCAGACUUGGAGUUGCUGGCUAAGACGAACGAGGUCGAAAAGAUACAUGACGAAGUCGACGAACUGAGGAAUAACGUACUUAGGAUCUCUAUCAUUUUCUAGACUAUCGCCUAGUGCUAGAAGCUUCUCAAGCGCUGGUAGUAUCUACUCGAAGUACCAUUCUAGCAGAGCAGUUUAUAGCACGCGUGGCGCAUGGAGUAGGAUGGAGUGCAUGGCGCGCAGACCCAUAAGGGACGCAAGAAGCGCACCCUUUUGUUGCAAGCAACUCCAUGCGAUCCAUGCUAUGCGAGCUGGCAAACCUUAUAAGUUACUCUGUUCUAGUAACAUUGCAGUACGCCACUCUACCAGUACUACGAUUUUUAAAACGUUAAUCGCAUUCAGCUCGACACCAUUACGGAGAAAUACAAUUCCGUGGACGCGCAGAUUGGUACGACAAAAAGAGGCUUGCAAAGUCUGAAGAAAAUCAACGUCGACAUAGAGGGCGAACUCGAUCAAGGAUACUCUUUGCGGAAACAAAUGUGUUUAUGGAAACGGUUUCUUCAGUUGGGCCGCAUGUAAUUAAUUCUUUAGUAGUACGUUGGUGUCAUUGACACUCGUUGUUGCUUGUGUUGAAACAUUAUAUUAUACAACUCUGAUGUGGAGGUCCAUUUUUGUUGGAACACCCGAACACGUCCAAGCGCAAUAUGAGGCUCUUGAGAGUAAAUGGAAUGAUUAUCGUUGCAAUGUAACAGAAAGACGAUCAGAACGGACGUGCCGAAUGAUCACUGACUGUUUAAGGCCCUGAAAUGGUAUCAAAAUGGGUUCAAUGUCAUUGGGAUAUCAUGAAGGGUCAUAGUGCAGUUAAAGAUCUGGGAGAUCUUGCUGCUAAUUCAUGUUGGAAUUCAUUGAGUUCAAACGAUGAUCAUAGGAGGAACUAACAAGAGUUCAAGACAAGGAACGGCAUUGAUCAUGAUCAAGGUGACGAGUGAGAGCAGUCAUUUGACAUUGAAAUCAGGUUCGUUCGUUGGAUCUUGAGCCAGUAAUGACCAUUGACCAACACCCCUCCUCAAUCGCUAGGUGAGGAAAUGACGAAAGUCACAAACGGUCUGGUGUUACCUGCUCUGACCCAGAACCAUCACGAUUCUCUAUAUCCACUGACGUCACCACUUGACCAACGACCUAACACCCUAAGAAGAUAGAAUAGGUAAGCACCGCCACGGAAGCAGAACUUGAACCAGACUCAUCAUCUUCCGUUUCCGAGUCACUAUCAUCUUCAUCAUGGUUACGGCUAAUGACUGGAUUCUCUAUGUGAUGUAAUAAUAAUCUGCGUUGAGUAGAUGAGCAUGAAAGUUUCGUUAGUCCAUCAGCUUUCAUGAGGUGAGUAGGACAGAAAACUACUUUCUCAGCUGCGUCUCUAACUCGUAAAUAACGUAACGCAUAGUGUCUACUCUUAGGCUUCGUGUCUUCACUCUUUGCUGUCGAGAUUGCAGACUGGUUGUCUAUCCACAAUAUGGCAUCAUCGAGGGAUGGCGAUAUACCAAACCGCGUUUCCACUAAUUGAGUGGGUAAGGGAUUGAAGAAAUCUGUAAAAUCAUGCAGCUCGCUCAUGACAAUAGUGUCCGACGCGGCUAUAUACUCUGACUCUGCAGUUGAAUAUGCACGCACGGUUUGUGUAUUGCGUUUCCAACAGAUUGGAAAGCCCCGAUAGUACAUAAUCGAACCACUGGUCGAGCGCAUGCUCUUUAUGCAGUUUGCGAAUCCUGCAUCUGAGAACCAGUUAGUAUACGGUAGCUCUCUUCCUUCUGGUAGGAGCUUCUUGUAAAUUCCGUUGAAUUCUUCCUCACUUUCUGGAGAAUAAUAGAGUCCUUGGUCUUUUGUCGUAGCUAGAUACUUUAAUACUUUUCUACAGGCUUUUGCAAUUCUUUCUGUAACGGGCUUACUGACAUACCGAGCCAAUGUCGCCACAGGGACGCAAAUAUCUGGCCUUGCGGUUGUCGAUAUCCAAAGCAGUGCGCCAACAAUCUCACGCAAUGGAAACCCGGCUGCUAGCUUAAGCCCCUCCUCAAGCAAAGCAGACUCGUCGAAAUUUGGAGACCACACCGGCUUACCUAAUGUUAUUUUAUACUUCUGUAUAGUCUUCUCUAUGUACACAUUCAUCAGGAUUUUCACUGAACGUGCUUCCCGACAAUAGUGCACAAUCGCACCAAGAAAGUCGAACUCUAGCCAUUCGAAACCCGUAAGAGAAUCGACUCGCUUUGCCAUCUCAAUAGGUCGGCCAGGGGCGCGACUAAAGAUCCGGUCGAGCUCAGACCGUAACUCGUGAUAGUCAGGUCCAGUAGCUAAGUUAUCAUCAACAUAGACUGACAUCUUCAUAUACUUUCCUGGGUGCGUUUUGCUCUUUUUCCGCCACAAUCCUGGAGCAGAAGGACACGGCUCCCAUCCGAGUUCGGACAAUAGCACGCAAUACUUCUUGAACCAGGCUCGUGGAGCGUCCUUGAGCCCAUAGAGAGCUUUCUUAAGCUUGACGAUAUCCGCUCCAUGCUUCUCCGCCCACACUGGUGGAAGACGGCAGAAGACGUCACGAUCGAGUUCAGCAUUAAGGAACGCAGAAUCAAGGUCGAAUGGGAUGACGAAGUCAGAGUCCGUCGCUGCUGAAACGAGUAAAAGUCUAUUCGCAGCAUGUGACACUACAGGGGCGUAGGUGUCGAUAUUCCCCGAACGAUCAAGAUUCCCGAGCACACAAGCACGAGCUUUGAAAGUUCCAUCACGUUUUACCGUGAGAACGAUUGCUAUAGGCAUUACCUGAGAAGAGGUUCGCAGCUCCUCGUCAGUAGCUGGCGCCCAAGUCUCAAAGGCAAGUAGUCUAGCUUCCUCCUUGGUGAUAGCUGCACGCCAUUUCUCGGCGUCAGGGCUUUUCAAGGCUUGGGAAACUGACAGCAUGACAUGUGCUUCGAGAAAGGUCUCCCCUUCUUCCAGCUCAUGCCCGCCUGCUAGCAUGGCAAAUUUAUGCAUGUCUUUUCUUAAUGCUUCUAGCUCGGCUUUUGUUCUUCUUUUGCGUUGUCCUGGAUUCUUAUCCUUGCUCCCUUUAGGUCUUCCUCGGCCUUUCUUCCCCUCCUCAACUUUGCCUGGUUGAGAUGGUGGAAUGGGUAAGGUCCUCGGAUCCCUUGCUUCAGGAUUAGAGUCAGGCGACACACGCUCCGAUGAGAUAUUCCCCUCCUCAACGCGUUGCGCGUCAGAGUUGGAAUCAUCACCGGUCUUUGGAUCUUCCUCUUUGUCCAAAGAUUCACAGAAAAACUCACCAAUGUCAUUGUUAUCUAGUAUCAUUUCCAUGCCGGUUGGAUCGCCUGAGCUGUACUCCGUGCCAGAGAAGCGCGGCUGACAGGCCAUACGUUGCAGCGCAUGUCUGUGCAGGACGGGACCCAGCGACGGCGUGCCAGACUGCAGGUUUUCCAGCGGGUCAUAAUCAACAUAAAUGCCCUUCGACGUAGGCAAUAGCCAAUCAAUGUUCUUGACUAAUAUCGACUCUCGAAAUUUUACGUCUAGUGUGGAAUACUCACUCCACUUGAAGCCAGCUUUCGUUCUCCCAUCGUUGUGAUAUGUACCUACUAGCCAACCAGACGAAACUGGACACAGACCGAGAAACACACCACGCCGAUAAGGUGACGCAAGCUUUGCUUCUUUCUUGUUGGUGGUGUCUACGACCUGUUCACGAAAGUACACCAAGCAACCAAAUCUUCUUAACAUACCUAGACCACUUUUCGAGGACUUCUUUCCUAUCCUCUUUUCUAGUAUCUCGACAGGACUCAUUCCAUCACGUUCUGGCAUUUUUGCAUAACGAUGCGGUAAGCGAUUCCAACAAUCUCCGGCAUACUGUAAGCAGUAACACCAAAGACGUCGGUCGACUUUGACCAACAUGGUACGUACAGCACCGAAAAUGGUCCGCAUGAAACGUUCGCAAGUUCCGUUCAUUUCUGGGUUGUAAGGAACUCCAGGAAUUUCCGAAACCAGUAGCGAUUGCAUGACUUUGGUCAUAUGGUCACUACUUAGGACGGGUUCGUUAUCUCUACGGAUGAACCACACCACCUUGUCGUCGAGUGACAAUGAGUAGUCCUGGCGAAUGCCUUUUAUUACUUCUUCAAUCACCUCUACGCAGUCCGACUUGAGGCAAAGAGGACGAACGAAACACAUUUUAAUCGAAUCACAAAUAAUGACUAAAGCACAUCUUUUGCUUCUUAUAGAUACUGGUCUAAUACCAACUGCGAAAUCAAUUGCAAGUGUUUUCAAUGGAGAAGGUAUAUGUCCAGGGGGUCUCACUUUUGCAUGAGAGCGUCUUUGACCUUUGGUUCGAUCACAUUCUGGACAAGAUACACUAAGGCCAUCAACGUGAAAGUGACCAAGUCUACGAUGUAUGUCUAAUCUUGAAGCUUGUGAAUGAAGUCUAGCUUCUUCUAUACUAGUGCAUACUAUAUCCUCCUCAGUUUCAUUUUCUUCUUUGCUAAACAUGUCACAGCCUAGAAUAGGUAACUGCAUCUGGGGGCAAUUUGUUAUGGGUAGAGAGCGGCCGGAGCGAGUAUUGUACAACGUUCCGCCACUUUCUGUGAAAUUCAUUUGCCAACCCUUUUCAUGACAGUUUCCUUCACCUAACCACGGUAUAAUGCGAUCUAUGGCUUUUGGUAAGUGUUCAAAGUGUACGCCAUAUUUUAAUCCUAGUUUGUUUUCUUUUAGUCUACCUAGGUUCCCACUUCGCUUUCCAGCAGUGCCACUAAUAUGACAAAGCCGGUGGCUAAUUUUCUUGAAAUCGGAACGAUGGCUAGACAAAUACUUAUUUGCACAACUGUCAACAAGUGAAACUGUUUUGCUUUGAUUUGCACUAAGAUAGCAACCUGAGUGAUUGUCAAUCAUAUAGCUUUCAUCCCUAAGCAGUUCACUUCUAUAUUCUUUAUUCUCAAAGUUUUCUUCCAAGUUCAGCGAACAUUUUCCAUCCUCAUUUUGGAAAUCUUCUUCCAAUUCUUCUUCAUCUUGGGACUGUCCAUCUCGUCUCCCAUAUCCAUUCCAUUCCGGAUUGGUUUCGACUCAGCGUUGUGGUUGUUGUCCACCCCAUUGCUGCUGUGGGUUACCGUUGUCGAAUCCUUUUCCUCCACUUUGUUGCGGUGGAUAGUUGUUCUGGUGCCACGGAGGGAUAGUGUUACCUUGCGGCCAACAGUUGUAUGAAUUGUUGAAGAAGUUGCUGCCCAUGGCUUUGUUAGGUUGGUAGCUUUGACUCAUCGGGUUUAGCCAGCAUUUGUGCGCCUUAUGUCCAUAUUUGUGACAAUAGUUGCACUGGAUGCCCUCAUUAGGAUUUGAGUUCUUAGCACCUUUACCUUUGCCAUUUCCUUUGUUCUUCUUACUACUAGAACUACUACUACUACUCUUUCCACUUCCUUUUGUUGCGUAGACCUCGUUCUUGAUUUCUUUGCGAAUCUUCUUGCGAAGUCGUUUGAUCGUUGUUUUCUUGAGAGCGGCAAACGCGUUACCAUCGUCAUCACUCUCAUCUUGACGUUUACGCUUCUUGGUUUUGUUAUUGUUCUGGUUUUCAUCAUCGGAAUCUUCGACAGCUGGAAAAGCUUUGCCGAAAGAUGGAUUCUCGAUCUUGUACUCACCAGAGUCAAUCAAACUUUGAAGCCGUUUCGUGAGUCUGUCACCGAUUUGGACGAACGUUAGAUGUUCAUCUUCUUGCAUCCUCUCGAUUGUCUGUCGAAAUGCUUUGGAAAACAUUUUUGGCAGAAUGUCGAGGAUUGCUCCGUUUUGUUGAUCAGCAACAGCCACACCAACUUCCGGCGGGUAUACGGUCGGAGAUUGGUUCAUGACAUCUCUAACCUUCGCCAAGAAUGUUGGAACGUCUGGAGGAGAAUCACUGUUCGUGAAAUGCAUCCCUUCCAACGCUUUAGCAGAGAUUCGCUGCUCUGUGCGGUCAUUUUGACUGAAACCAGCGUCACGGAGGUUUGUUACCACUUCACCAGCGUUCAUUACAGUGGUAUCCUGAUCCUUCAUAUGUGCUGCGGCUGCACCUUUGAGCGACUUGAUGAUCACGUUCUUCAAAUCUCGCCAAUUCUGCUGGAGCUUGCGGUCGUUGUUGUUGGGUUGGUUCGGAAUCCCUGCCGCAUUGCCGUUCAGCACGUUGUUGAAGUAUUGGACUAGGUCCAGGCGGUCCGCUUCUUGCGUUACCGCUCGAAGCCAGUCACGCCAGUCAGAUUUCUGUCCCAGUUUGGGUGAAAUCUCUCCAAGACUCAUAUCGGGCAUUUUGUGGCGCAAAUAAUGCGACUUUGUUUUCUCUACUUCUACAAAGUAUUGACUAGCAAUUUCUUUAAUAAGGUAAGGCUCAAGGGCUUGAAACAGUGUUGGAACACCCGAACACGUCCAAGCGCAAUAUGAGGCUCUUGAGAGUAAAUGGAAUGAUUAUCGUUGCAAUGUAACAGAAAGACGAUCAGAACGGACGUGCCGAAUGAUCACUGACUGUUUAAGGCCCUGAAAUGGUAUCAAAAUGGGUUCAAUGUCAUUGGGAUAUCAUGAAGGGUCAUAGUGCAGUUAAAGAUCUGGGAGAUCUUGCUGCUAAUUCAUGUUGGAAUUCAUUGAGUUCAAACGAUGAUCAUAGGAGGAACUAACAAGAGUUCAAGACAAGGAACGGCAUUGAUCAUGAUCAAGGUGACGAGUGAGAGCAGUCAUUUGACAUUGAAAUCAGGUUCGUUCGUUGGAUCUUGAGCCAGUAAUGACCAUUGACCAACAAUUUUCAUCUUCAUCAGUUUUUUAUGUAAGUAAGUCAAAUGAGCGGCCCUUCGUUCGUCUAAUCCUGAACGAGAUCGAAGCAGUGGGCGUGCGACAUGCAGAAGUGCAACUGGCUUUCCACGGGAUAGAAUACCCCUUGCAGCAGGAAUUGCAUAAAUUAAGGCUACCGCUGAAGCAUCCUCAACGUCAUCCUUGGCUCCUUUUCUACUUGAAUUAGGCACCAAGGAUGCUGCCAAGGAUGCCCAUGCGGUACCUCUAAAUAAAGCGGUUCGAGAACGCAGGACAAAAUUACAGACCAGACUAAGAGUCCACGUUCCGGAUCCAGCGCGUUUCGCAGCCAUCAUGCAACAAGUAGCCAGUGCUGCGGCAGUUUCGGCGAACAAGAAACGAGGCGACACUGCAGGAGGAGCUAUGUCGCCAAGGGCUUCAGGAGGUUCUGUUAAGGCUCAACACAAUAUGAUUGUUCAUCUUGACGACAGAUUAACAUUUGUCUCAGCCGCCCGCCGAGAUUCCGGGAAUAUGUUGCCGGUAAAAGAUUUGACUUACUGUGAGCUCUAACUUUGGAGGGUCAGCGAAGAUGGGAGCUAGUGCAACUAGCAGUCUUGGUAGUGUUGCCUCGGGAGGAGGGUCUAGUAAAAUGGGUAGGACCUCUGGAGAGUCCAAGACGAUGGAUUCGUUCGGAGGUGCAGCUGGUCACGUUUUUGAAUCACCAGAACAAAGAUGA